GAAAGAUAUCGCAGAAAUUUUUAAAAAUAUUUAGAUUUGGUCUUAUAUAAAUGUCGAUAUCGAUGGACGUUGCUGUUGCUAAGCCCUCAGACUCAGCUAAAACUGGCAGACUUGGUUCCGGUCUCAGUGCUUAUUAUGAACAGAAAAUAUCCGAAUUGCAGUUUAUAGUUUCCGAGAAGCAGCGAAAUCUGCAGCGUCUGGAGGCGCAGCGCAAUGAGCUGAAUUCGAAGGUGCGUCUGCUGCGCGAGGAGCUGCAGCUGUUGCAGGAGCAGGGCAGCUACGUGGGCGAGGUUGUGAAGCCCAUCGAUAAGAAAAAGGUGCUGGUGAAGGUGCAUCAUGAUGGCAAAUAUGUGGUCGACUUGGAGAAGAACAUUGACAUCAACGAUGUGACCAGCAACAGUCGAGUUGCACUUCGUCAUGAUAGCUACACGCUGCACAAGAUACUGCCGAAUAAAGUGGAUCCUCUUGUCUCCCUCAUGCUGGUGGAGAAGGUGCCAGACUCCACGUACGAAAUGGUGGGCGGUCUGUCCAAGCAAAUCACGGAGAUCAAGGAGGUCAUCGAGCUGCCCAUCAAGCAUCCCGAGUUGUUUGACGCCUUGGGCAUAGCUCAACCCAAGGGAGUGCUGCUCUAUGGACCACCUGGCACUGGAAAGACCCUGCUAGCUCGUGCCGUUGCUCACCAUACCGAGUGCACCUUCAUACGUGUGUCCGGCUCGGAGCUGGUGCAGAAAUACAUUGGAGAGGGCUCUCGCAUGGUACGUGAGCUCUUUGUGAUGGCUCGGGAACAUGCGCCAUCCAUCAUCUUCAUGGAUGAGAUCGACUCGAUUGGUUCGUCGCGUCUGGAGUCGGGGAGAGGUGCUGACUCCGAGGUGCAACGCACAAUGCUGGAGCUACUCAAUCAGCUGGAUGGCUUUGAGGCCUCCAAGAACAUCAAGGUGAUCAUGGCCACCAAUCGCAUCGAUGUGCUUGAUCAGGCUCUAUUGCGUCCUGGUCGCAUCGAUCGUAAGAUUGAGUUUCCUCCUCCAAGCGAAGAGGCACGCGUGGACAUUCUUCACAUACAUUCACGCAAAAUGAAUCUAACACGUGGCAUCAAUCUGCGCAAGAUUGCUGAACUGAUGCCUGGUGCAUCUGGUGCCGAGGUCAAGGGCGUCUGCACCGAGGCGGGAAUGUAUGCUCUACGGGAGCGCCGUGUCCAUGUUACCCAGGAGGACUUCGAGAUGGCCGUAUCCAAGGUAAUGCAGAAGGACUCUGAGCGCAAUAUGUCCAUUAAAAAGUUCUGGAAGUAAAUGCACUUCAACCCAAAAAUCAGUUAGCUCUAUUUAUAACUUAAUAAAUUAGAUUCAUUGACGAAUCCCAAAUUGGAUAAUAUAAAUUAACGAUUUCAUUGAAUCGCUCUAAAUAGUGAGUCAUUUCU